CGGAAGCGGCGCGCGGACGGUGUGAUGGCGGCGGCGGCGGCCGUAUCCGAGGCCUGGCCGGAGCUGGAGCUGGCGGAGCGCGAGCGGCGUCGCGAGCUGCUGCUGACCGGGCCGGGGCUGGAGGAGCGGGUGAAGGCGGCCGGGGGACGGCUGCCGCCGCGGCUCUUCACGCUGCCGCUGCUGCACUACCUGGAGGUGAGCGGCUGCGGCAGCCUGCGUGCGCCGGGGCCCGGCCUGGCUCAGGGCCUGCCGCAGCUGCACAGCUUGGUGCUGCGGCGCAACGCGCUGGGUCCCAGCCUGAACCCGGAGCUGGGGCCGCUGCCCGCGCUGCGCGUGCUCGACCUAUCGGGCAACGCGCUGGAGGCGCUGCCGCCGGGCGAGGGCCUGGGCCCCGCCGAGCCUCCCGGGCUGCCUCAGCUGCAGAGCCUCAACCUCAGUGGCAACCGCCUGCGCGAGCUGCCCGCCGACCUGGCGCGCUGCGCCCCUCGCCUGCAGAGCCUCAACCUCACCGGCAACUGCCUGGAUGCCUUCCCCGCCGAGCUCUUCCGACCAGGAGCUCUGCCCCUGCUCAGUGAGCUUGCGGCUGCCGACAACUGCCUGCGGGAGCUCAGUCCUGACAUCGCGAACCUGGCUUCGCUCAAGACCCUGGACCUCUCCAACAACCAGCUGACCGAGAUCCCUGCUGAGCUGGCAGACUGCCCCAAGCUCAAAGAGAUCAGCUUCCGAGGGAACAAGCUUCGAGACAAGCGCCUGGAGAAGAUGGUGGGUGGCUGCCAGACCAAAUCCAUCCUAGAGUACCUGCGUGCUCGUGGCCGUGGCUGUCGGAGCAAGGGCCGGCCAGAGGGCUCUGAGAAGGAGGACCGGAAGAAGAGGCGGGAGCGGAAGCAGCGUCGGGAGAGCGGGGAGGGCGAGGAGGAGGUAGCCGACUCAGCCAGGCUGAUGCUCAAGGUCUUGCACGUCUCUGAGAACCCCACACCCCUGACAGUCAGGGUAAGCCCGGAGGUCAGGGACGUGCGCCCAUACAUCGUGGGAGCUGUCGUGAGAGGCAUGGACCUGCAGCCAGGAAAUGCACUCCGGCGCUUUCUCAACUCCCAGACAAAGCUCCAUGAUGACCUCUGUGAGAAGAGGACAGCAGCCACCAUUGCCACCCACGACCUCCAGGCGGUACGCGGGCCCCUGCUGUAUGCAGCCCGGCUACCCGAGGACCUCAAGAUCGUGCCCUUGGGGCGGAGAGAAGCCAAGGCCAAGGAGCUGGUGAGGCAGCUGCAGCUGGAGGCUGAGGAGCAGAGAAAGCAGAAGAAGCGGCAGAGUGUCUCAGGGCUGCACAGGUACCUUCACUUACUGGAUGGGAAGGAAAACUACCCUUGUCUUGUGGAUGCCGAAGGAGAUGUGAUUUCUUUCCCACCUAUCACAAACAGUGAGAAGACGAAGAUUAAGAAAACAACAUGCAACUUGUUUUUGGAAGUAACGAGUGCCACGAGCCUGCAGCUCUGUAAGGACAUCAUGGACAGCCUCAUUCUGAAAAUGGCAGAGCUGAGCAAAAGCACUUCUGAAAAUAAAGAGGAAGACGCAGUCUCGGGUACGGAAGCUGAUGCCAGCUGUGGACUUUCUGAUCCCAACUUGAAUCAAAGAGCUAGGAAGGAUGGACAGUGCCCCCUGGUGGUGGAACAGGUCCGAGUGGUGGACCUGGAGGGGAGCUUGAAGGUGGUGUACCCAUCCAAGGCCGACCUGACCACCACCCCUCCCUAUGUGACUGUGGUUCGCUGACAGUCCGGGCUGUCAUAACUGGUUCCACUUGUGGCUCCUGUGGGUGUGCUGGCUGUAGAUGUCUGUGUGGUUGUUCUUCGUUCCUUUUCUCUGGGUAUUUUAAGGUGUCUGCUUCUGUCCGGGUGACUGUUAUAAAGUGAGCUGUGUCAUCAUUACAGCACUCAUGUGA